GUUAAUGUAGGAUUGCAUGCACAGAAACUUGGCUACAACAUUGCUACAUUGUCAUUCCUGACAGUCAUGUUAUUCUGAAAUUUCGAGAUUUUUGUCGAAUAAUUCUUUUCGAUUUUCAUGGAAAGUGAGGGGAUUUUACAGUUUUCUGUAGCUUCUGUAGUGGGAGAUGUUCUUCAAAAACAUGGCAAGGAAUUGCAUGCAAUAGACUUGGAGUCCAGGAAAGCCAAUGAAGAUUUUGUCAAUAGAAGUGAAGCAACACAUUGGUUAAGGAAGAUGAUUGGAGUUGUUGCAGCUAAGGAUUUGCCGGCUCAGCCUUCAGAACAGGAGUUUCGGUUAGGGUUGAGGAGCGGAAUUAUACUCUGCAAUGUCAUUAACAAAAUACAACCACAGGCUGUUUCCAAAGUUGAAGCGCCUACUGAUCAUACUGUUAUCAUCCCUGAUUUGAAAGCAAAGUCUACAAACCAAUACCAAGAGAAUGUUAAAAAGUUUCUUCUGGUUGCGGAAGAAUUGGGGUUUCCAACUUUCGAACUCACAGAUCUUGAAAAGGGAGGGAAUACUUCAAAUGUAGUAGAAACUGUUCUAGCUAUGAAAUCAUAUUAUGAAUGGAAAGAGAGAGGUGCGUUAGGAACAUGGAAAUAUGGUGAAAUGUGGGACGCUGAUAAGCAAGUUCCACGAAGAAGUACAGAGAUACCAAUCCGGCGUAGUCUAUCUAGGAUGUCAUCUGGAGUAUCUUUGGAUAGUUUUUCUAGCGAGGGUUUUGGUCUUAACCCUACAGAUAUGAGUGGUGCAAGCCCCUUGCAUAUUCUCAUCCGGGAUCUUCUUUGUGAUAAAAAGAGAGAUGAAAUCCCAAUAAUAGUGGAGAACAUGUUGCACAAAGUCACGGAGGAAUUUGAGCAUCGCAUUGCCAAUCAAACCGAGCAGGCAAAAGAGAACCGAAUACAAGAACAUGAAUCGAUGAAACAAGAUAUUAGAGAUAUGGAUGGUCCUUACAGCAGUCAAACCGAGCAGGCAAAAGAAAACCAAAUACAAGAACAUGAAUCGAUGAAACAAGAUAUUAGAGAUAUGGACGGUUCUUACAGCAAUCAAACUGAGCAGGCAAAAGAGAACCAAAUACAAGAACAUGAAUCUAUGAAACAAGAUAUUACAGAUAUUGAAGGUCCUGACAGCAAUGAAUCGAUCUCCAGUCCUGGUUCCGCUGAAUCAAAGAUUGAAGACAAAGAAAGCUCAAAGUAUGUGAAAGAGGAAGAUUUCAAUGAGAACUAUGAACAUGAUUAUGGAGGCAUUACUCAGAAUAUGAAGCAGCUAGUCGAACACUACCAGAAGAAUUGCAUUACUCAGAGUAUGAAGCAGCUAGUCGAACACCACCAGAAGAAUUUACAGGUGCUAAAACAUGAUCUCUAUACCACAAAAGCUGAUAUGCAGAAUUUGAAAAUGAAGUAUCAGGACGAGGUGCACGGAUUAGGUGAACACUUGCAUAAGAUAGCGCAUGCUGCUUCGGAAUAUAGAAAAGUUUUAGAGGAAAACCGCAAGCUAUAUAAUCAAGUGCAAGAUCUCAAAGGAAGUAUUAGAGUCUACUGCAGGGUGCGGCCUUUCUUGCGUGGAAAUUCAAAUCAAGGAAGCGGGACUGUAGCCAAUAUAGACAAUGGAAAAAUAACUCUUAUCACUUCUUCAAAAAAUGGGAAAGACGAGCAUAAAUCAUUUUCCUUUAAUCAAGUUUUUUCCCCAUCUGCAACCCAAGAACAAGUAUUUUCAGACAUGCGGCCUUUAGUUCAGUCGGUACUUGAUGGGUACAAUGUUUGCAUAUUUGCUUAUGGUCAGACAGGAUCUGGGAAAACAUUUACCAUGAGUGGACCAGAUAAUUUAACAGAAGAGACCCUAGGUGUAAACUAUAGGGCACUUGGUGAUUUGUUUCUUAUCUCUGAACAAAGAAGAAAGACCAUUGCUUACGAUAUAGGUGUUCAGAUGAUUGAAAUUUACAAUGAGCAAGUCAGGGAUCUCCUUGCCCCAGAUGGUGCUAACAAAAGAUUAGAUAUUCGUAACAGUUCACAAAAGGGCUUAAAUGUACCUGAUGCAAAUCUUGUACCAGUUGCAUCAACACUUGAUGUUAUAAAUUUAAUGAACCUUGGACACAAGAAUCGUGCAGUUGGUUCUACAUCCAUGAAUGAACGAAGUAGUCGUUCUCAUAGUUGCUUGAAUGUUCAUGUUCGAGCAAAAGACCUGACAUCUGGGUCGGAAUUUUAUGGCUGCAUGAAUCUGGUUGACCUGGCAGGAAGCGAAAGAGUUGACAAAACUGAUGCUGUGGGAGAUAGGUUGAAGGAGGCGCAACACAUCAAUAAAUCCCUUUCUGCUCUUGGUGAUGUGUUAUCUGCUCUUGCCAAUAAAACUGCUCAUAUUCCCUACAGGAAUAGUAAACUCACACUGUUACUUCAAGAUUCUCUUGGGGGACAAGCCAAGACACUAAUGUUUGUUCACAUUAGCCCUGAAUAUGACGCUUUAGGAGAAACAAUUAGCACACUUAAGUUUGCUGAAAGGGUUUCUACAGUUGAGCUUGGUGCUGCUAAAACAAACAAAGAUACUUCUGAGGUCAAGGAUUUAAAAGAACAGAUUGCUAAAUUAAAGGCAUCCUUGGCAAAGAAGGAGUCUGAAAAUAUUCAGCAAUCGAAGUUAGUUAGGAUGAUGUCUGCCGGUGCUUCAAUAUCCAGUUCUAAUUCUCAGGGUGGUGGGAAUACAUCAAGCGAGGAAGACGGAUAUUUGAAGGACAAUACGAGUGCUUGGGCAUCACCAACUGGAAGUCCUCAAUCAAAUGUAAAACCAGAUUCUGGAAAAUGGGUCGAUAGGAUCAUGGUAAACAAACCAAACUCAAGGAAGAUAUAUCCAGAACAACCAGAUAAAAAACAUAUUAUAAGAAGUAAUAGCAGUUCCGAAUAUGAGAUGAGCAUAAAUAGAUAUGAUCUUGCUACUACAACUGAUGAAUCUGACAUAGAAGCGGCAGCCAGUGACAACUCUGAGCCAGACUUUGCCAAAGUUACCACCAUGACUGUCUUGGGAUCAAAGAAUAGGAGUCCAACUCCGAGGCAAGCAAAGACAACACCGAUAAGGACUCCAAUUCCACAACCGUCAGUAAGGAAACCAUCCAAUGGAGCUCGAUCUGGAAUUCCAAAGACUGGUAGGCAACCUGUUGAUGCGAGGAGAAAACAAGGUGGUGGGAAGUAAGACUAGCUAAAGAGAUCCAGUUUUGUUUUGUUCAAGUGGUUUGCAUGCUUUUUAUGUACAUAUUGAGUGAGAGGUUGGCUAUUUUGGUUACUUGCAACCACUACAAUAUAUUUUUAUUUUUGUAAGAAUGAAUUGACAGCUCUCUCACAUCUUGCCAUCUUGGCAUUUAUCGUGUAUCAAAGUAUUGUUAAUGGCAAUCCUUUUAGCUUUUAUACAUGUUGAAGAUUUCAGAUUUGUUGGCAUGAUCAAUAUGACUUAUUUGAUG